AUGACGACGACGUGCGUUAUCAGUGAAGCCGCCGGUGGUACGAAAAAUGGCCCCGGAGUUGAUGAGUCAGCUGACCUAAAGAUUAGUCCUCUGGUUCGAGACAAACGGAACGGAAACCUGCGAGGAUCGUUCAGGGGGCAGACUCAGUCUCAGUACCUUCAUUUCGGUAACAGUCAAGAUGGUAAAGCGGAGGCUGAAGCCACCCAACACAGCUCUAGGGCGACGGUUGCAGGCUCCAAUGGCAUGGGACAGGCUCAGAGUCAAUCCCUCGGGGCGGAUUGUACAACAUGUUACGGUUCGGUCGAUGGAGGUGGCAGCUACAUUUACGAUACCAGACCCGAUCCGUUGAAAGCUUCGGACGAACAAAGACCGGGAGAUAAGUUACGAUUACCAGAAGCAUACGAUCCGGGAUCCAAUGGACGGCCCGCAUCUGAUGUCUAUGGGCGACCUGGCGAACCGGGAACAGGAAACACCGAUGCGUAUGGACGACCCAUCGGCGGUCCUGGAACUGGUGGACCAGGCUUCGAUGUUCAUAAACAUGGACCACAGCAACAUCUCAUAGGGCCACCACUUCCAGGAAGCAGUCAAACAGUUUACCAAGGUCCACACACUGUUACAUUGCCGGGCCACGACCACACCGUGGUUAAUCCUACCGGCGGGCUGACGGUUCUAGUCGGUACAGGGCACUCCAAGCAGACCGUGAUUGGAUCCGAUAGUAGGCUCGACGGUCAUGGACCAGUAAAAAUUAUUCCUGGACCACCAGACAGUCAUGGACCGCCAAAACAGACAGUAUAUGCUCACCCCGGAGGGGUCACAGUUCUCGUUGGGACGGGAGGAGCACAACAAACUGUUCAUCAUCUUCCUGUUCACGGCGGUUAUGGCGGACCACAGUCAGUUCUUCACCCAGGACAACAGUUGGGAGUAGGACCUGGAAGAGAUACGGUACCAGGCAGAGGUCAACUUGCCAGUAGUACCGGCGAGGGUACUUUGCACCAUCCUGGAGGGCCUGGCGUGGGAUCACAUCAUGUGGCUGGUGGUGUAGGUAGUGAACAUCCAGGGAGCGCCGUACGUCCUGGACUGGGACCUGGUAGUGGAGCCGGAGUUCCUGGUAGCGGACAGUAUCCUGGUGGAGCAGGUGUUCCUGGUAGUGGACAGUAUCCUGGUGGAGCUGGAGUUCCUGGUAGUGGACAGUUCCCAGGUGGAGCAGGAGUUCCUGGUAGUGGACAGUAUCCUGGUGGAGCCGGAGGUCCUGGUAGUGGACAGUAUCCUGGUGGAGCAGGAGUUCCUGGAAGCGGACAGUAUCCUGGUGGAGCCGGAGGUCCUGGUAGUGAACAGUUCCCAGGUGGAGCCGGAGGUCCUGGUAGUGGACAGUAUCCUGGUGGAGCAGGUGUUCCUGGUAGUGGACAGUAUCCUGGUGGAGCAGGAGUUCCUGGAAGCGGACAGUAUCCUGGUGGAGCCGGAGUUCCUGGUAGUGGACAGUUCCCAGGUGGAGCCGGAGCUCCUGGCAGUGGACAGUAUCCUGGUGGAGCAGGAGUUCCUGGUAGUGGACAGUAUCCUGGUGGAGCUGGUUAUCCUGGCGGGUCUGGUACUGGUACUGGUCAAUACCCUGGCCAAUAUCCUGGAGGUACAGGCCCGGGCGUUGGACAGUAUCCAACAGGAACUGGAACAGGAGCUGGCCAAGUAUUUUAUCCGGGAGGAGGUGGAGCUGCCCAGUUCCCCAGUGGCUCCGGAGUAGGUGGCCACUAUCCUGGAGGUGCUGGAGUGGGACAAGGCCAAUACCAAACAGGACCUGGAGGAGGAGCAGGAAUGUAUCCUGUCGGUGGUCAACAACCAACAGGAGUUGGUGGUGCCCAAUAUCCGAGCGGUACAGGGGCUGGUCAGUAUCCUGGAGGAGCAGGGCCUGGACACUAUCCAACAGGCAAUGGAGUGGGAACAGGACAGUUUCCCGGUGGAACAGGUCCGGCCACAGGAGGAUAUCCUUCAGGGGCUGGAGCAGGAUACUAUCCUACAGGGACAGGAGCUGGACAGCACGGAAUGGGACAACAAGGAAGUGGACAAUAUCCUAGUGCGGGCGGUGCGGGCGUUGCGGGCGGUGCAGGAACAGGCCAUUAUCCCUCUGGUACAGGCGCAGGGCAGUACCCAAGCCCCACCGGGACAGGAGCAGGACAACAUCCUUGGACUGGCGCUGGAGCAGGCCAAUAUCCUGGAGGAGGCGCAGAAACGGGAACAGGAGUCGGACAGUAUCCUGGAGGACAGGGUGUUGGCACUGGACAGUACCCAAGUGGAACGGGAGGUGCAGUAGGAGGUCAAUAUCCUGGAACAGGCGUUGGAGCAGGACAGCAUGUUGGGGGACAGUAUCCUGGAGGAAGCGUUUCAGGUACCGGCCACUAUUUGGGUGUUGGCGGUGGAGCAGGAAGUCAAUAUCCGGGUGGUGGAACAUCGCAAUAUCCAGGAGGCACUGGAACGGGACAGCACCCUAUUGCGAGUGGACAGUAUCCCGGAUAUUAUCCUAGCGGUACCGGCCAACAUCCGGGUGGGGUAGGAGCGUAUCCCGGCGGAUCGUCAACCGUUGGUGCAGGUGGUGCCGGCGGCACAUCGUUAGAACAGCAACCAGGUACAGGUGGCGCCGGUGCCGGUGGUGGUGAUCUUGCUCCACAGCCAAUCCAGUUGCCCGAAGAAGAGGACGAUGCUUUCUCGCAGGCUGAGUCAUCUGUGAAGAACGGUGAGGUCGUGGCCUCGGCUCAAGGACGCAAAAACGGUGGAACGGCACAGACGCAAGUGUCGGGUACGUACACGGGAACGGGAUCGUUCAGUGCAAGCGCCCAGACAAGUGACAACGACCGCGCAGCACAAGCCCAGGUAUCGGGCGGUAAAGAGGGUGCCACGAGUUCAGCCCAAGGCACCGGUGGUGUUGGUAAGUCACAGUCAUUGGUACAGGUUGAUUCCAAGACCGGGGGCACUUCAGCAACGUCCCAGAGUGGCGGCUUGGGUCACGAAAGUCAGUCGGAGGUAGUGGCCAACGAGAAAGGAGGAUUGGCCGACGCUCAAUCGAGUGGUCCCGGUCAAACAUCGUCACAAGCACAAAUUGGUUUCCGACCUCAGAGUGAGGUAGCCGAACAGCAAAGUAUAUUCAAUGGCGGAGGACAAGCGUCGGCCCAAUCCGGCGCUCAUUCCGGCCAGAGUCAGUCGCAGAUCAGUGGCAAUUUCAAGUUUGGCAUAGCGUACCACGGGGCUGCGCAGGCCGCCUCAGGCACCAAGGAACAAGUCCACAGCUACCGCGAGAAGAGCAAAAAUCUAUUCCACUCGAUCGGGCUGUUUGGCAAAUCGACGGGAACAACAAUUCGCAAGGAGUCGGUGGACAGUAACGGAAUGCGUACCAGGACUUCGCAGCAAAGCUCGGUGAGCUUUAUCAGCACGACGCCCUCGACGGUGGUGGAGGAAGAUUACGACGACCCCGACGAGGAGGAUGGAGAAUACGACGAUGAGUACGAGACAACGCAGCUCAGCAGGCGAUCGGGCAAAACGUCCACCGACGAGGAGGUCACCAAGCCCACAACGAUCGCGGAACCCACUACCGUGACCGUACGCACGGCCGGCAAUGGUAGAUUGUUCACACAAGCUGGACCAACACAGAGACAAUCGGCGUUCGUUCCGCACGGUGACAACUUCCGGCUGGUUCAGACACAGAACGGGCGAUCGACAGUUCACUCGGUUACGACGGAACGCACUGGAGGCAACUCGCAGCAAAGCGUGCUGAAUGUGGCCAGCACAACUCCACGGUACAGUACGCGCUUCUUGGCGACCAAACAGGACACACCGACCGAUGGCGUUGAGGAGACACCGGCCGAAACGGUCCCGUUGGACCCACGGAAGACCGGCCAGCCGGACAGCUACAUUUCCGUGACAAAACAGGUGACCGGAAUAGACGAGAACAGCAAAGUGCCGGCAAUACCGGGGAAGAACUACGAGUCGACGUACUACACGAAAUCAUCCACUUGCGGCUACUUCACCUUCUCCUGCAACAUCGUGUACGGUGAGAAUGGACGUAGUAAAAUCUGCCGGCCAAAGCCACCGGCAAACGGGAAGUGUUGAACCGCAAACGGUUCUUGGCGGCAAAACUACCUUUCGUAGCAGAUAAGAUGUAGGCAUCACCAAAAGCAAUGGUUUGAAGCGAUGUUAACACUGCCAACUGAAACUAAAACGAUUGCCAUAACAAUUCGAAGGAGAACUGGAUCUCCUUCAGAGGGCGAUCCGUGACAGGAUAAAUAUUUAAGAACGAUACACAGGCAAGUGCCGCGUUUGAUCACACUUAUUAACAUAAAAUGAUUUUGCAGUAAAUAAUUCUAACGAUCGAACGUGUGACGG